AAACUGAAGCAGCACCAAAGAGGAAGAGAAAUGUGAAACCAGGACAUGUGCAGUACAGGUGCACAUUAAUAAGUUUCUUGAACACAAUUAAAGAUAACAAGAAGAAUCUCAGUGCAAGAACAUUAGAUUUGCUCAGGCAGUCACCAUUUGGAAAUAUUGUCGAUGCAUUCCAUGGUGGCUACAUAGAGGAGAAGUCAGCCAAGAAAUCUGAUGAUUUCAUUACACUCCUCCUGCAGGCCUACGACCAUGAAACUGACCUCUUCUUCUUUGGAAAGAAGAAAUUCAGGAUCUCGACAAGAGAUAUUUCAAAGAUCCUAGGAAUGCCAGAAAAAGGUGACUUGGUCCCAAAGACUUCUGAGGGUGCAUAUCAGUCCGACUUUGUCCAGCAGUUUUUUUCAAACACAGCGAGAAUUAACAAGAAAGCCGUGGAGAAAGCUCUGCAAGAUGCGCUGAAAGACAAUCCAACAACAGAGGAUGGGAUUGAGAAGAAGGACAAAAAUGUGGCAAGAUUAAUCUUGCUGGACUUGUCCAUCAAGUUUCUGUUCCCAAACGCAGGAGGAACAAUUUCAUGGGACUACGUCAAAGCCUGCGAAAAUUUGGAUAAGAUCGGAUCUUAUGACUGGGCAAGGGAAGUUGGAAGCUUCUUAAAAAAGUCUAUAAAGACUUUGAAAAAGAAAAAGGAGUCAAGCAGCCCAUAUGGUAAUACGGGGGGCUGCGUUCUGAUAAUACUGUACUGGUUCUGUCAAAAGACUGGAAAAAUCAAGCCAAUAUCUGGAAGGGAGAACGAAGAUCAUGGGAUGAGAAAAUGGGACAUCCAGAAGCUGAUACAGAAUUGGACAAGUUUUAACAGCUUGAAAAAACUAGAGAAAAUCUUUGAAAACCUGAAGGAGGAUAGAGAGGAAUCAGAAUCCGAGGAAGAGGAGAAUAGAUCAGAUGAAGCAAAGACAGUUCCGGAAAGAGAGGAAAAAGGAACUGAUGAUCAGAAUUGUGAAAACAAAGAAGAUAACCUACAAGUUGAGGUGGCUGAACAAGAAACAACUUCAGAAAAAAACAAGUGGGAGAAAGAGCUUCAGAAAAAGGAGGAGGAGAUAAGAUAUAUCACUGUGGAGAAAGAUAAUUUGAAGACAAAACUGAACGAAAAGGAACAGGAACUAAGGAAAAUCACGGAGGAAAUGAUGAAUCUGGAGGAACGAAAUGCUACACUUGUGACCGACAAUUUCUGCCUUGCAUCAUCGGUGAAGGAGUUAGAGAUAAAAUUGAAGGAAUUGGAGCAAAUGUUGAGCCAAAAGACUCACACCUCAACAGCAGCUCAGCAGCACAGCUCCCCACCACCUACCUCUGCAGAAGAAAAAAAUGAAUCAAAUGGAGCUGCAUCUAAGGCUGCUGAAAACGCAGAAAAUAAAGAUCAAUCGACUGUUGAGGAAGCUCAGUCCCAUGGCAUCUGCACAGUCGAAGAAUGUGCAGCAGCAGCAGCAGCUCAAUCUCCACCUCACUGCACAGUGCAAGAAGAAACUCAAUCGACAACUCCAUCGCAAAAGAACUCACUGUUCCAGAGCCCCACAGUCUGCAUGCUCACAGUCGAAGAAAUGGAAAAACAACCUGACAUGUUUCAGAUAGUAAAAAGUCUUGUAGCUGCGCGUGGCCUUCCACUUUGUACGUUGAGCCCAGAGAAAGAGGAGAAGACACCAGAGGAGAACAAAAAAUGA